CUCUCUCUGCAAGACAAAGUUCUAUCUAUUGUUUAAUUAGUCUCUCUUAAAAUUUCUAUUUGGUUAUUUGCCCAUCACAUGUAUCAUCACUGUCUCUUGAUGUUUCUGUGAGUAAAAUUGACCUGUCUUGUUUAUGAUAAGCAAUAUUCUUCGUCGCAUGACCAAUCUCGCGCAAUCCUUCUCCGUUGUCUUCCUUUACUGGUUCUAUGUUUUCCAUGACCUUUGAGCUAAGAAUUGCCCGUGACUCUUAGCUUUCUCUUGUCAUAAUUCCAUUAUAAGUCUUUCCAAAACAAUUUCUCUACUGUAAAACUCCAAAUUCUAAUGGCUUCGCCUGGUGGUACUUCUUCCGGCUCCUCUCUGCUCCAUAACUUGGGUUCCCACGAAGACCUUCAGGCUCUCAUGGAGCAGAAGAAGCGCAAGCGAAUGAUAUCGAAUCGUGAGUCCGCAAGGCGAUCAAGAAUGCGCAAGCAGAAGCAGGUGUCGGAUUUGAUAACAGAGUUGAGUCAGCUGAAGAAGGAGAACAGCCAGCUCAUAAUGCUCUUGAGCAUCACCACACAGCGCUGCGCUGCCAUGAAGGCCGAGAAUUCUAUUCUCAUGGCUCAGGCGAUGGAGCUCAGCUACGCACUCGAAUCAUUCAAUGAAACAGCACACAGCAUGAGGGGAAGCAAUCUCAGAAGCAAUAUGUCGAUGUGGGACGGGCCUCAGCUCACUGAUAGCUUUAUGAGUCCAUGGAACUUGAGACAUAUAAAUCAACCUAUCAUGGCUUCAGCAGAGGACAUACUUUACUAUUGACAGGGAGCUUAUCUGAGCAGUAUGUGCAUGACUAGAAACCAGGUCCUUUAUCAUGAGCAGUGAUGUCUGUCGAGUCUAAUUUACUUUGUGAGAUAGUGCUUUUAUCUAUCGCAAUCUGCAUGUUUGUGGUGGAACAAGUCCCUGUUCGGCUGUUCCAUUCUGUCAUUGAUCUUUCCAGGACAAUGAAGAUUGUUAAUUAGUGCGUUUUAAGCUUCAA